CCAAGAAUGCCUGGGAUUUGGCUGAAAUUCGACAUGCCUUGUUUGCACAGCAUUUGAAUCAUUCGACAUCGUGUGCUCGUAGUUCACAGUUCAUACUAGAAACAAUACAGUCAAGUUUAUAAUAAAAAUGUUGAUAAUUAUCAUUAAACAAAAAUCUAAGAGAGAUGUGCAAUUUAGCAUUUCCAAUUAUGAAACCAUUUUUAGUUUGAAAAAAAGAUUGAAAAACGUUUGGGAAUUCCUGCCGGACAAUGUGACAUUUGGUCAACAGACGGAAAUAUCGCAGACGCCGAUCUUAUAUUGGAAAUGCCAGGAGUUCAGGACGGUGAAAAUAGCGACAGUCGACCGGUUAUAUCAGUCUAUGACGGUAGUAAUUAUGUGGGUCGGCUUGUGGUGAUCGAAAAGGGCAAAGAGACUGUGUCGCCGGUAAGCAGCAGCUUGUCAGUGCUGGAACAAAGUUCAGAUUCCAGCAGUGAAUCUAUCGAAAAAUGUAUAAAACCACAGGCUCAGAAACGAAUAAUAAAUCAUGAUUUACCUUCGGAGAAUAAGAGAUAUAAGGUGGACCCUACCGUGAGCGAGGAAAGCUCGGAAAACACAUCAUCAGGUCCCUGUUCGAUGCAUGCGGAAUGGUCCCAUGCGAUAUUAAAUCUCGUGCUUCUAGUUCAGAUGAGGAAGAUGAUCAGCCAAUGGACAAAGAAGCAAGCAAUGAUGCACCAUUCGUUGAUAUUCUCCCGGAAAACAGGCCAUUUGUUGUUGUCAUCUCGGCGUCCGCCUGCAACAACAGAGACUUCUGCAAACUAUUGAAUGAAUUUUUUAAAAGCUUUGCUGGAUACAGAAACGUCGGAUGCCUAAAGUUCAAUAAAGAAACACCGGUUCAAGAAUAUAGUGGAAGGCUAUAC